CUCGCCCCAUCUCCGUCCGGGGUCAGUCAGUCGCUCCCUGUCGCUGCCGGAGAGUCUGUGCUUCCCCCUUCCUACCCGCUCUGCGGCGGUAGCUCAGGCUCUUCGGGGAGGGGGAGACAGAGAAAGAGAGGGACUGACUUAAUAAAGUUUCCUGAACCAACAACUACUACCGAAACAGGCCCAAGGUUGGGGGAAACCCCAUUCUUUCCCGCCCCUCUCCAAAAGCCUGAGCAACCGUUGCAGGUGGAGCGGCGCUGGGGAUAGCCGGGCUCCGGCGGCAGCCGUUGCCCCGGCGAGGGGCGUCUCAGGUCUUGACCGCUGCGGUUCCGGCUCUUUCCGUGGCGGCGGCGGCUGCUGCGGGGCGGUUCCUCCUGUCAACUGCCUGCGCCCGCGCCGCCCGCCCGCCCAGCUCCACAGCGCGGAGGGACGCCGUGAGCCGCCGCCGCCGCCGCCGCCGUCGUCUCCGGCCGCGCAGGGCCGUGGUGAGCUGUGGCGCUUCCGCGUCAGCGCCGGCGGGGACUUUUUGGGAGCGCGUCGGGCUCGAACCCCGGGACCCUUCGCGUGGUCCCCCGAGGCUGCGCCAGGUGGGGCCCGAAGCCGCCUGCCGCGCCAGGCUGUCCCCGCGGCCGCCCGGCCUGCCUUCCUUCCUUCCGCCUGCCCGCCGGCCCGCCCUAGGAGUUAACCAAGCCGCAAUGAAGAGCUUCUUACAGUGAGAGGAAAGUAGGUCGCGCCCACUGAAAAUGCCUUUAAGGGACAAAUACUGUCAGACUGACCACCAUCAUCACGGAUGCUGUGAACCAGUUUAUAUCCUGGAACCUGGAGAUGCUCCUUUGUUACAGCAACCACUACAGACAUCCAAAUCUGGUAUUCAACAAAUAAUUGAGUGCUUUCGAUCAGGAACUAAACAACUUAAGCAUAUUUUAUUAAAAGACGUGGACACUAUUUUCGAAUGUAAAUUAUGCCGCAGUCUCUUCAGAGGAUUACCAAAUUUGAUUACCCAUAAAAAAUUCUACUGCCCACCCAGUCUCCAAAUGGAUGACAACCUUCCUGAUGUAAAUGAUAAACAAAGCCAAGCCAUAAACGAUCUCCUAGAAGCCAUAUAUCCAAGUGUGGACAAGCGAGAAUAUAUUAUUAAGCUAGAACCCAUAGAAACUAAUCAAAAUGCAGUGUUUCAAUAUAUUUCAAGGACUGAUAAUCCUACUGAAGUCACAGAGUCAAGCAAUACUCCUGAACAAACCGAAGUUCAAAUACCGGAAACUAGCACUGAACAGUCUAAAACAGUACCAGUCACAGAUACAGAGGUGGAAACUGUAGAGCCCCCUCCUGUUGAGAUUAUUGCAGAUGAAGUUGCACCUACGUCUGCUGAACAACCUCAGGAAUCACAAGCUGACUUGGAAACUUCUGACAAUUCUGAUUUUGGUCACCAGUUGAUAUGUUGUCUUUGUAGAAAAGAGUUCAAUUCCAGACGAGGUGUUCGUCGUCACAUUCGAAAAGUACACAAGAAAAAGAUGGAAGAACUAAAAAAGUACAUUGAAACACGAAAGAAUCCAAACCAAUCCUCUAAAGGACGCAGUAAGAAUGUUCUAGUUCCUUUAAGUAGGAGUUGUCCAGUAUGUUGUAAAUCAUUUGCAACAAAAGCGAAUGUAAGGAGGCAUUUUGAUGAAGUUCAUAGAGGACUAAGGAGGGAUUCAAUUACUCCUGAUAUAGCAACAAAGCCUGGGCAACCUUUGUUCCUGGAUUCUGUUUCUCCUAAAAAAUCUUUUAAGACUCGAAAACAAAAGUCGUCUUCAAAGGCUGAAUACAAUUUAACUGCAUGCAAAUGCCUCCUUUGCAAGAGGAAAUAUAGUUCACAAAUAAUGCUUAAAAGACAUAUGCAAAUUGUCCACAAGAUAACUCUUUCUGGAACAAACUCUAAAAGAGAGAAAGGCCCUAAUAAUACUGCCAGCAGUUCAGAAAUAAAAGUUAAAGUUGAACCAGCAGAUUCUGUAGAAUCUUCACCCCCUUCCAUUACCCAUUCUCCACAGAAUGAAUUAAAGGGAACAAAUCAUUCAAAUGAAAAAAAGAACACACCGGCAGCACAGAAAAAUAAAGUUAAACAAGACUCUGAAAGCCCUAAAUCAACUAGUCCGUCUGCUGCAGGUGGCCAGCAAAAAACCAGGAAACCAAAACUUUCAGCUGGCUUUGACUUUAAGCAACUUUACUGUAAACUUUGUAAACGUCAGUUUACUUCCAAACAGAACUUGACUAAACACAUUGAGUUGCACACAGAUGGGAAUAACAUUUAUGUUAAAUUCUACAAGUGUCCUCUUUGCACUUAUGAAACUCGUCGGAAACGUGAUGUGAUACGACAUAUAACUGUGGUUCAUAAAAAGUCAUCCCGCUAUCUUGGGAAAAUAACAGCCAGUUUAGAGAUCAGAGCUAUAAAAAAGCCCAUUGAUUUUGUUCUAAAUAAAGUGGCAAAAAGGGGCCCUUCAAGGGAUGAAGCAAAACAUAGUGAUUCGAAACAUGAUGGCACUUCUAACUCUCCUAGUAAAAAGUAUGAAGUAGCUGACGUUGGUAUUGAAGUAAAAGUCACAAAAAACUUUUCUCUUCACAGAUGCAAUAAAUGUGGAAAGGCAUUUGCCAAAAAGACUUAUCUUGAACAUCAUAAGAAAACUCAUAAGGCAAAUGCUUCCAAUUCACCUGAAGGAAACAAAACCAAAGGCCGAAGUACAAGAUCUAAGGCUCUUGUCUGAUAACUUCAAGUGAUGUACGAAAAGGUUUGGAGUUCAUUUUUGUGGAAAGACUUUAAAUUGGUGUUAGAACCACUAAACGUCUUCAGAUGGUACUAUGAGAAAAAAAAGAAAAACAUUUUCAUAAAUAUUCGACUGUAACUGCUGUUUUCUGACUAAAAUAAUAACCAUCUAACCACUUGUUUCUAAGGCACUGCCUCUUUCAGCACUUUCAAGUAGCUGUGACAUUACAUAUUGUCAUCACAGUCUUAUCAGCUAACCACCCUUGACUUUGUGCAUUUGGUCUACAGUUUCUGCAAAAAUGUUGCAAAUUUUGUUUUCCAAACAAUUUGUUGAUGAAAGCGAUCAACAACCUGAAGAAAAUAUCACCACUGGUGAUUUUUAAUUUGCAAAGACUUUAUAUCUUAGUGAUUUUAGUUUUGUUCUGCUUGAUUUGGCAAAAUUUUCAUCUGUAUUGUACAGAUAUAUGAUUUUUCUAGUGAGUGUAUGUUAGGACCAAAAGACAAACUAGUAUCAGCACAUUAUAAAUAUUUAGCCUGCUAAAUAUUUGUAAUUAUUUUUACACCCAUUUAUUUCUAACUUGUUCUCUAGCACUUAAAUGUUUGAAAGUUUCUUUCUAAAAUAUAUGCUACAGGAAAGUUCCAGUUCAUUUUCAUCCAUGGAUCAUUACAUUUUUCAUUUGUAAACAUCUGAGGUUUUUAUGAAAAUUAAACAUUCCCCUAUUUUUCUUUAAAUUUUAUACAAAGCACUUUAACGAUAGAUGCAACUUAAUUUUUCAAUUUCUAUUUUUUUUAAAAGACCACACAUUUACUAAUAUUAAUAUGAAAGCAAGAAGUAGCUUACUGAUAUUUUAUGGAUGCAGACAAUCCAUGCACAACCACUUCUUAUGAUACUAGUUUAUUUCUUUAAAUAUUAUUAAAAAAGGAAGAUGGGGGUAUAAACCCUGAUUUUUUUUUUCUCCCAAGCAAAAUCUUAAAUGACCACUUUUAGAUAAUAUUUGAUUCCUACUAUAAAAUUUGGAAAAUAAUGAAUUAUUGUCCAUUUUUGUAAUCAAGAUUUUAGGAAAAACAAGUACAUCUAUCUUUAUGAAAUUUGGGGCAGGCUUUGUGUAUCAAUAUUUUUUACUUUUUAGGGAAUAUUUUAUUUUUUAUUAAUUUUUGUCAAAUUAUAAUUUUAAAAGGUACAGCAGAGACUAUACCAUGUUUUUAUAUAGGUUCACACCUGUACUUAGGAGGGACCCUGUCCAUCUAUAUAAUUUUUGUAUAAAACUUAAAAUGUUGAAGAUCCACAAGUCAUAAUAAAAUGCUUCUAUAGCUAGAAAAACAUUUACCCUUCCCAGUGCUUUGCACUAAAAUAUACUGUGAAAGGAAACUAGAAAGACUGUAACUGUUGCUGGAAAUGUUCUAUAUUGAAUGUACAUGCUCUUGUUGGAAAAAUGUACUAUAUGUGAUGGAAAUAAACCAGACUCGAAGUUAUUUCAGCUAAAUGUGCUUCAACAAAGGUGCAUUGGUUGAAACUUAAAUGUUUUAUUAUCAAAUUUAAAUUUAUUCAGUGACUAUGAGCAGCUACACUUGAAUUAUAUCCUGAUAGUUUUAUUUUUAAGAAUUAGAGUAAUAAUUUCUCUUUAAUUUAAAAACAGAUUUACUUUUCCACAUAUGGAAAACUUGUACUUAUAGGUCUAACUUUAAUGAUUAAUAGCAUAAUAUAUUUAGGGAACUAAAUAUGUAGGUGAUAUUUCAUUUAUAAACCAUCUUUAUUAGUUGCACAUUAAACCUGUAUGUUUGACUUUUGCAAGGUGUUAUCUUUUAUGCAUUUCUACACACAAGACAUUUUCCAAAGAUGUUUUCCAGACUUAAGUACCUAUAACCAGUGAAAAGAUACGAGGAUUCGUAAAAAGCUUGGAGUAGCUCUUUGCUGCAGCUGCUCAUCUGUAUGUCAGCCUUUUUCUCUGUGCUUUACUUGUUGAAUACCGUAGGAAAGAAAGAGAAAUAGCUUGAUGUUGGUGGAGGGGAGUGCAAUUGCUGGAAUUCCCUUACUCCAGUCACCUGUUUCCAUAGGACCAUUCACAGUUUGUCUCCUCCAUAAUAACUAGGGCCACAGAGCAGGAAUUUAGAAGGAGAAAUGCAGGGUUCCAAGGACCAUCAAAAGGCUUCCUCUGGGUCAUAGAGAAAAAAAUAGCACUAUAUCAGGACUUGUGUAAAUUAGAAAAGCUUAGGGAGAUUAGGAAUAUUUUAUCAUAAUAGCCAAAUUAAUGGAUCAUGGCAGACAUAGGAGUUAGAGGCCAACUGGGACCAGUUUAGAAAGGUAGAAUGAACAAGUAAGAAGUGUUUAGAAGUUCUUUGUUCUUCCUAUUCUUUUCUGGUCUUCAUUCCUACUUUUUAGUUUUAUUUUGACUCUUGAGCUCUGUUGUCUCAGAGGCUCAGUCUUGUGGCUCUUGAGGAGAAGAAGCCUAGGAAAUUUGUGCUAGAAGCUUUUCUGCAUGUAGGCCAUGUAAGCAAAUAUUUAUAGCACUUUUUGUUGUUGUAGGGAGGAGGAAUUAAGCAGAUUAAGAACCGUUAGAAACUGCUUAUUUUAUAUUAACACCUAUCUCUGGCUAUAAAUUAUAUCCACUUUGACUGCUGUUUGAUCAAGUAAGAGUUUUUCUGUAGAAUUCAACUCAUUUUCCUUCCUGAAGAUACCUUCCACUCUUAGGUGUGGUAGAAGAGGAGAAACAAUGACAUGCAUGGCUUGCACUUCAAUGUCAUAAGUUUGGAUAGUGCAAGUGAGAGCUGGAUGAGUUAUGGCUGACUCUGGGCUGGUGUUCAUUAGAACAUGCAGAUACACGUUGAGUGCACAAUAACAAUUUUUUUUGGUUCUUGUCUUUUUUCCUCUUUACUCCAUACUUCAAAAAGAAAAAUUUUGAAGAAUGUAUAAAUUACUCUUCCUUAAUUUUUAGCCUAGUUUUGUAUAUAUGAGCCAAGUUUUCAGUUGACACAGCUUGCUUAUGUUACUGAAAAGUACCUUCACAUUUUUAGGAGUAUGUGUUUGUUGUAUUGCUGUAUGGUCAACGGGCUCUUCUACUCAGUUUGUUUUAAAGAGCCUAUGGAUGCAGUAGCAGGGAGUUUUGUGGUUUUGCUAUGGCUUAAGGCUGUGGGUAUAGAAGGAGGAUUUCCUGGUAGAUGUUAUGGCAAGUGCUAUGGAGACAGGGAGGCACUAGAAGAUAUCAUUUCCUGUUGUGAAGUUGCAAAAGAUAAAAGAUCUCUUCAAAUAGCAUGACCACUGAAAAUGAGAUAGAAAUGCUUCUAAAACUUUAGAAAUUAGGUUUCCAGGUUUCCUGCAGUGGCCUCUAGAAGUAGUCUAGAUCAUUAGGAGUUUUAAAAGUUACUUUUCUAAUGGAAUCCAUAGAUUACGAGGCUUAUGAUUUAGCCAUGGCUCUCACGGUUGACUGAAACUGAGCUCUAAGGUAUAUGCAGCAUGAUGUUGGCUGUGCUGUUAGAGAAAAUUCUUCUGUACUCUAUGCUAUUCUUUCCCUCUUCUCUGACUUGAAGAGCUAACAGAAACUUCAGAAUUGAAAGGGAGUGAGGAUCAACAUCUUAAGAACAGCUAUUAGUUAUUUGGUUUCUAAGGCAUUUGGCAUAUGAUAGAACGCAGAAUAAAACAUGUUUCACUUAAACUCACCUACAGUUAUUUUGGCUUUUCUAACUUUCCAUAUUCAUUCCUCCUCUCUCUUAUAAUUUAUUUCUGCACCCUUUUCCUCUGACUUCUGUUCUGAGCUUCUAGCUCUUAUCUUUCCUUUUUUCUCUUCUGGUUAAUUGAUGGAGAUCAUUAGUACCAAGAUAGCUAAAACGUUUUUUGAAACGGUAGGAAGGUGGAAAGUCAGCUCAUUUCUUCCUGAAGCUUUAUCACUCUACACUCAAUUUGUCAGGUUUAUUAUUUAUUUUCGAGCUUCUUCCUCUCUGUAUAUUCACCACAACCACAUCACAAGCAGAGGGAAACUUAGUGAAGACCAUAGGUGCAUCUGGUUGGGAAAAUGCCCAAAGUUGGAGGUUUUGCUGUUUGUGCCCACUCAGCAGAAUUAAUUUGCUUGAUUGUGUAUUUUUGAAAUCAGGAACUAUGUCUGUGUCUUGAUAAUUUUAUUUAGUGCCUAGUAUGUUUUCAUGUAUACCCAGGCACUUUAAAUAAAUAUUUGAUAAUGAUA